CAAACCUCUUGUCAAACAGGACCCGUUUACACCCGAACCAAACAACCCACGAUGGAAAACUGACCCAACACACUCGGUUUAAAGAAAACUAUUCUCAGAAGAUUUAUCCACAGCCGAAUCCCCUUCACACCUCCCGCUGUGGCGCCGCGAGAUUUCCCGAUUCGCCGCUAAUCCGAACGGCCCGGAGCGGCGGAUCAAAUCCUGCGAUAUCAGAUUCUCGUCGCAAAUCUCUCUGCUGCCAUGGCGGAGCUUUUGGCUUCUUGGGCCGCCGAGGAGCGGUGGAUGUACCCGGCCUUCCUGGCCAUGUACGCCGUCAUCUACUGUGUCGGGCAACUGGUCUUGUUCCGGCGCUGGGAGUGGAGGCACCGGCUGGACGGCGCUAGCUGCCUCAUCUCACUCGCGCACGGCUCCGCUGCCGCGCUGGCGGCGGUCGCAGCCAUCGCCGCGCAGCCGGCGGGGAACCGGGGUUUCGCUGCUCCUAAUUCCCGCAUGCAGGACCACGUCCUCGACUACAGUGUCGCCUACUUCACCAUGGACCUGCUCCACUAUCUCGCCUUCCUCCCCGGGGACAUCCUCUUCAUCGCCCACCACCUCGCCACACUUUUUGUCUUCUUCACCUGUCGCUACGUCGUCCACCAUGGCGCAUACGCACUCCUCGUCCUGCUCUUUCUCGCCGAGGUAACCAGCCUCCUGCAGAAUGUGUGGACACUCGCCGGGAUCUGGCGAGCCGAGGUUCCCACUGCUGCAAGGGUGUACAACACUUUGUCGCCGCCGUUCUAUGUGCUAUACACCAUAGUCAGGGGCGUCGCGGGACCGGUCUUCUUCCUCAAGAUGAGCCUAUUCUAUCUGUCCGGCCAGGCCGUGGAUCUCAUCCCCUGGUGGGUGCGCAUAUCCUGGAUCAUUGUCGUCGGCGCUGCUAUCACGACUUCCCAGAGCUGCACAGCCCAUGCCGCGAAGAUGAUGUGCCAACGUCAGGCUUGGCAGUCUGCAGAAAAGAAAGAAUAUAAAUAGAUGAAUCAGCCAAAGGCAGGAGAGCCAAAACUGUCUCAAGAUCAUGUACUGGUUUGCAUUGGAGCAAGAUCUGGUUAACUAUCUCCCAACAGCCAGGCAUGCAAUAGUCACAGAAACAUUCUUGAAGGUUCACCCCACUUUUUUAUCACAUUCUCAUGCGUAUCGAGUCUUCCUCUGAAAUCCAGCCAAAGGAGCACAUUGUUCUUCUUGCGGAUCACAGAGCACCAAAUGUAUUUUAGCAGGGGACCAAAGGACGCCAUGUGUGUAUAGCAGCCUGAAGAAACAGUAAGUAGAAGAGUAUUAGUUCCUGUUCCAAAUGAAUGGAAAUGAAAUUUGCGGCAAUAUGCCAAUCAAUGAA